GUUUUGCAGUGGUUAAUCCACGCGAGGCGUAAAGAAACGGAGAAUUUUUUCGUGAGUCUUUGCAAAAAAAAUGUUUUAAACGCAAAUAAUGGCAGCAGAUAAGCGACUUGCUACAAUUUCAGGCCAUCUCCAGCUAAGGUUGUCUCACGGGGAAAAAUAUCGGCAAUCUCUUUUGGACAAUUUACGACAGGCAAGUAUCUUUUAACUACAUGGGUAAAAUUUCCGCACAGCCCCAUACUAUUGUAAAACAAUUCUGUUUUCCCAACGGUAAUGUAUUGUUUUUGUCAUUGUUUUCUCUAUCCAAGAACUGAAUGCAUAAUGUAGGAUGGGGCUGUGCGGAAAUUUUUACCUAUCUGUUAAUUGGGGUCGAAGAAAAUUUUUUAAAAUUUAGAUGCGAUUUCGAUUCAAUGAGCAACCUUGUUAGGUCGUCAUUCGACGUUUACUGCCGUUAGAUAUCCAAUCCUCGAUGGAAGUAAGGAGACCAGUUUCAAUAAGAUCGUGGGGAUCUAUAUAAUCGUAUGGUUAUGGUCAAGCGAAAAAUGUUUAGAAGCACUUUUCUUACUACUGGUUGAACAAGGAGAUACAUCAUAUUAUCGAAAGUGUAAUGAAGCUAUACAGUCGCAGUUCUUGAGCUAUAUCGGAUGAAACUUUACCAAAAAAUUCAUAAAAUAACAAAAAGCUAUUCUUGGAAAAAGGGUUAAGUUUCUAAGGAAGCUAUGGCUCUGGGCUGGCAGGGGUCAGUAUAACAAGGUUAUUUGGUUUUAUAAACUGAAUUGAUAAUAUCAAUUGGCUACUGCAAAGAGCCUCUAAAGCAGAUAUUUUGCAUGUCAGCCCUUCAUCAGAACAAAGCCUUUUUGCCCUUGUUUGCCCGUCACUCUGACGAAGGGCUAAGGCAUGAAACAUCAGCUUUAGCAACUCUUUAUGGUGACUACUUUACACUAUCAUCUUGGUUGAUAAAACAAAGCUAUUCUUGAUUCUACUUACUUUGCAAAUAGGAUGUGAUAUCUUUGAUUAGUUCUCAGCCAAAAAAUUUAGGUAUGGGGCUCUGGCAAGACUCUUUAAAAUUUGUGAUCAAGAUUACUACUGAGGACCUAAAACAUAUCAAAAAUUUGAGCUGUCUCUGAUUAAGGAGUGUGUCUCAACUGGUGAGCACUACUUCCUCACAUUAGGUGACAUCCAGGAGAAAAGUUUUUACAGCAUACCUCCCACUUGUUUGACAGUUAGCUUAGGAGUAAAUUAUGAAAAACUGGAGAAGGGCACUCUCUGAUAAGUUCGGUGCAUGUUGUGUAAAAAGUUAUGAGCCACCAGUAAUUUUUGCAUGAGGAUCAGUUGGAACUAAAAACUAAGAAUUACGGCAAUUGUAUCUAAAUGCUUUCCAGAGUUGAUAAGUGUAGUCAAAUUUAUUCAAAGUCUCAUCCAAAAUCAGUGUUGAAAUCAGCUAGCUUAUUGGCCAACUCAUGUUAGGUGAACAAAUAAAGGUGAAUUUUGUUGAGUGUGUUGAUACAGGUUUCAAUCACUAUGUUUUUGAAAAUUGGAGUCGCACACUUCACCAGAAUAAGCUGUAUUUGAUUGAAGCUGGUUUUGUGUAAAAAUAUAAUUGAGGCCAAAAUAUUUUCAAAAGAGAAAUCAGCCCUUGAUUGUUUUUGUAGCCAAAAAAUGACAAGCUUUACAAUCAUAAAAUUUGUGGCUUUGAAAACAUGUUAUUUCAAAAUAUAUAAGAUUGGUGCACCAUUCAGGGUGUUUUUAAUUGUACUUAUCUUCAUUUCCAGCAUGGAAUACUUGAUGUGGAACUUUCUGGUCCACCAUCAUGUUAUGAGGUGGAAUAUCAGUCUCUUCUUACUCUGGAUGCCCUAAUUUUUAUUGUGGAGCUUGUUAGACAUUUUGAC